CUGACACACUGAAUAUGUUUAUUGUUGAUGAGUCUCGUGUAGUCACUGUCCCACAUGCCCGAGGUAACGGGCAGCGAGUGUCUGGACACUUGGCAGCGAGUAUUUGGCCUUUGCCUCCACCGAGUGCGCGAUAGCAAAUCACGACAUCGCCCACAAGAAUGCAGGUAAACCUUGCAGUACUCGAGAUAAUAUUGAAGAAAUUCUGGAGCGUGAAUACUAGUAAUACGAGCGGCGACACCGAACUACAGAUGAAGAACGAUGGUGGGCCCGAAGAAUCAAAGCAGCCGAUCACGCCCCCUCCAGAAGGGUCAACUGAGGCUGGUGCAGAGUAUGGAGAGACGCGGGUAUUCAAGAAGCGUUGGCUGAUGCUGGGGCUCUUCUGUCUCUACUCCUUCAGCAACUCCUUCCAAUGGAUCCACCUCAACAUCAUCGCCAACGUCAUCUUGCGCUACUACAACACCAGCCUCCCAGGGGACACGCUACAGCAGGAGACCGCUGUCGAUUGGUUGUCUAUGGUCUACAUGCUGGCCUACGUGCCUCUAAUCUUCCCAGCCACGUGGCUGAUGGACAGUAAGGGUCUGAGGGUGUGUAACGUUGUUGGGUCGUUCCUCAACGCUGUGGGAGCGUGGGUGAAGUGUGGUAGCGUCAGCCCUGACCGAUUUGGCGUCCUCAUGUUUGCUCAGACAAUCUGCUCAGUGGCACAGAUAUGGGUCCUGGGCAUGCCAGCGCCUCUAGCGGCUGCCUGGUUUGGCCCGGAUGAAGUCUCGACAGCGACAUCUUUAGGCGUCUUUGGAAAUCAGGUAGGUGCUGCAGUCGGGUUUCUCCUCCCUCCCGUCCUCGUGCCCAACUCCCCCGACCUGGACCAGGUUGGCAGGGACAUGAGCCUCAUGAUGUACAUCACCGCAGGGGUCACGACGGCGAUCUUCAUAUUAAUACUCAUAGGGUACAGAGACCAUCCCCCUGUCCCCCCUAGUAGGGCGCAGCUGGUUGCAAUGCAGGAGACGGAGGGGCAGCACUAUCUCUCCUCCCUCUGGCGGCUCGUCAAGACUCUCCCUUUUGUCCUCCUCGUCAUAUCCUAUGGAGUGAACGUUGGCUGCUAUUACGCCAUUGCUACACUGCUGAACGCUGUCGUGCUCGACUACUUCCCCGGAGAAGAGGUGAACGCAGGGAGGAUAGGCCUCACCAUUGUUAUCACGGGGAUAGUGGGAGCCGUCUUGGCCGGGGUUUGGCUGGAUAAAACAAGAACAUUCAAGGGGACAUCACUCGGUAUCUACUUCCUGUCCAUGGGGUGUAUGGUGCUCUUCACGUUCACCAUGAAUACAGGCCACAUCUGGGUGGUGUUCGUCACGGCUGGGUCCUUGGGAUUCUUCAUGACUGGAUACCUACCGGUCGGCUUCGAGUUCGCAGCUGAGCUCACCUUUCCUGAACCAGAAGGGACAUCCUCCGGUCUGCUGAACGCGUCGGCACAGAUUUUCGGUAUAAUCUUCACUCUGGGUAUGCGAGCCAUGAUGAACAGACUGAGCGUCCUUAGUGCCAACAUCGCCGUGUGUUGCGCUCUUCUACUGGGAACGGUGAUGACAGCCUUGAUUAGAGCCACCUACAAACGUCAGGCAGCUGGUGGAGAGGCAAAGGGCAACCGGCUGAAGGACGUGUUUGGCUGGUGCUGCUGCUUCAGACGUAAAGGAAAUAUCGACAUCCAACAAUGAUAACAAUCAACCUAGAUCUGACAGCCUUCUUCACUGUAACCAAGAACAGCCUUCACAGUAACCAAGGACAGUUUUAAUAAAACAAGCACAGAGUUCAUCCAUCACAAAAUCAAACCAAGAUAAAUCUGAAAAAGGCACUUCCCAUUUGAACAACAGGUCAACAGAAACAGUACUCUUAAACACAAUUCUGGAGACAGUCAUGGCUUUGAGUUAUAACACAGUUUGAAGAAGGAAUAGUGUCACCCAUGUGUGUUCUUCCUGAGGUACGAAAGUAUUAACAAACAUGGUCCAGGCUUCAACAUUUUUCGGAACAGACAACUUCAAUCCCUUGCACGAUAGUGAGGAUAACAAAUGAGAAAUAGGGUAUGUCUGGGCGUCAUUUGUAGGGUCUACAAAUAAUGCCUAAUAUUAGCUCGCCUGACUGAGGGAGCUGAACUUUGGCCUGUAUAUUUCCUUCUUAUCACUAUACCAUACUCAUCAUUAGAUUUUAGUUUUCUGUAUAUAUGUAAAAAAAUAUUUUAAUAUCAAUACUAACGACAACUAUUUUAAGUGUCUGUCUCUUUAAAAUGUUUUUUUAGAUUUCGAGGUGAACUAAAGUGGCGUGGCACUGUUUUUCUGAUGUUUUUGUUGGAGGUAAAACUUUGUGUGAAUCCUCUGAGUUACCGUGUCACACAAACUUCCAUACCGUUUGUUCUUACAUCAGGUGAGCUGCAGAGCCGUGUGUCUUUAUUUUUAAGUAUAUGCAAUGUCUAUAUGGUUCAAAUCUCGAGUAUAUUAAUAAACCAUAUAUUAUUCAAA